UCCGUCCCUGGGACCAGCCCGGAGCUGGCCGCGCUCAGCGCCGGAGCAUCGCUCAUCCUGAGGAAGAGCAUCCGGAUCUGUUUGGUACCUCGCAGCCCAUUGGAGGAGCGGCGACGGCGAAAGGGGGGUGCUCGCAGCGCCUCUCCCCACCCCUCCUCCCGCAACACCCCCCUCCCCGCCGCCACCGCCAUCCUCCGCGCGCACAAAAGCGGUGCAAUUAGCUGCCUUAGGAGAGCCGGGGCUUAAGCCAGCUGCACGCCGAAAAUCAUAAAAUACCUCGGCAGGGAGGAAGCGGCAGCCGCGGGAGAAGACAAAUAACUGCCCUCCGGUCCCUCCCUGGAUGAGACCCGAAUUGCAAAGGGACGUCGCCGGCCGGGGAGGCCGACCUCGAUGCGGCCCCGCGCAGCUCGGCUGAGGCAGCCGCGCGGGUGCUGGUGCGGGUCGGGGCGCCGGAGCCCCUGAGCGGCCCGGCUCCGGCAGCGGGAAUGCGCAGCCGGGCUCCGGGCAAGGCCGGCUUUGUUCCCCGCUAGGCGCCAGCCUCGCCCGAGCCCUUCCUCGCGGGAGACGGUGCACAGCCAGCCCCCGCCGAGCGCGAUGGGAACCACCGAGGCCACGCUGCGGAUGGAGAACGUGGACGUGAAGGAGGAGUGGCAGGAUGAGGACUUUCCCAGACCUCUCCCAGAAGAAACGGGAAUGGAAUCACUGGGCAGCCCUACAGAAGAUGAAAACACAUCCUCUCCUCCAAAUACUUUAAACUUUAAUGGGGCGCAUCGUAAGCGGAAGACACUCGUUGCACCUGAAAUCAACAUUUCCCUGGACCAGAGCGAAGGCUCCAUUCUCUCCGAUGACUUCUUGGACACGCCAGAUGACCUGGACAUUAACGUCGACGAUAUCGAAACCCCUGACGAGACAGAUUCCCUUGAAUUCCUAGGGAACGGGAACGAACUGGAAUGGGAAGACGACACUCCUGUAGCCACAGCCAAGAACAUGCCUGGGGACAGCGCGGACCUGUUUGGGGACGGCGGGGCAGAAGAUGGGAGCGCUACCAACGGACGGCUCUGGAGAACAGUCAUCAUCGGAGAGCAGGAACACCGCAUCGACCUGCAGAUGAUUAAACCUUACAUGAGAGUGGUGACGCAUGGUGGCUACUAUGGAGAAGGUCUCAAUGCCAUCAUUGUCUUUGCUGCCUGCUACCUCCCAGAUAGUAACCUGGCUGAUUACCACUACAUCAUGGAGAAUCUCUUCUUAUAUGUGAUCAGUAGCUUGGAGCUGCUGGUGGCUGAGGACUACAUGAUUGUGUACCUGAAUGGAGCAACACCCCGGAGGAGAAUGCCAGGCCUUGGCUGGCUGAAGAAAUGCUAUCAGAUGAUAGACAGAAGACUGCGCAAGAACCUCAAAGCGUUGAUAAUCGUGCAUCCAUCAUGGUUCAUCCGGACAGUGCUGGCUAUAUCCAGGCCCUUCAUCAGCGUGAAGUUUAUCAGUAAGAUCCAGUACGUUCACAGCUUGGAGGAAUUGGAGCAACUCAUCCCGAUGGAGCAUGUGCAGAUCCCAGACUGCGUCUUACAAUACGAAGAAGAGAGAAUCAAGGCCAGAAAAGAAAGGGCAGAAGAGAAACAAGACAUGGCUGAGAAGGAAAGCAGGCCUGUGCCCCUGCCGGAGGAUCAGGAAACCAGCAUGUCAUGAAGCGAAGUGCAGCGGAAUGACUGGAGUCGGAGAACGACGCAGCCUGGCAGUCACCCAUGUAAAUGACCUUUCGGUGUAAGACCUUGUCGCCAUCUCACGCCGGGUUCUGUAAGCUGCCUCCCUCGUCCCAGAGAUGCAAAGUCCUUUAAACUUUUUGAAAACACUCUACUUAAAAAAAAAAAAAAAAGAAAGAAAGAAAGAAAAGAAAAAAAGAAAGCCAAGAACAGCACUUUUCAGGACAGGUUCCAGCGUGUUUCAAUAAUGGUCUGUGGAGAGCUGUAAGUAGCGCAAAUAGAUACCGUAUUUCCUCUUAGCAAUUUAAGAGCAUCCUGUAGUCCAUUAGUCACCAGCCCAGAAAGAGAUAUAUUUUUUGUUUAAAUUAUAAACCCUUCCCCUAACUUGCUGCUGGCCAGCAUGGAGACAUUUUGCUUUGAAUUGCACACCGGUUUCCUCCGCAUAGACGUUACAACAGCCAUCGCCACGGGGAAUGACUAACACAGGAAAGGAAAAGAGUGCAUUUUUGCCCUUUUUAGAUUCGGUGUAGGUUUGUCCCCAUAAAUAGCAAGUACCCAUCAGUCUACGCACCUCUCCCAGCCUUGGCUUCCCCAGUUAAUCCAUUGCCAGUCCAGCUUAGAAGUUAACUCAUAGUGAACCUUUCCUAUGAGUAAAAGCCAUGGUUUUUUAACUUGUGCUGUCCCGGUUUGUAAGGCACUCUGAUACUUUUGAAAGAGGUCCCAUAUAGCAUGGCAGCCUCCGCAGAACCUCCUUAGGAGCAUCUUCUCACACCAACGCGCACACGCACCAGAAAGGUCUGGUUUUAAGAAGGAGCCUUAUGGAGAGGAAAGCUUUUCACACCUCAUCUUUCUAUUGAUUUCAUGACACUGGACAAUCGUUCACUAUUAAUACCUCCUAUUGCAGAGACAAGCUGCUAAAUGUUUGGAAUUUCCCACUUUCCCUCCCUGGGUAAUGAGGGUCUCAUCUAAAAAACAUGUAUGCCUGGGAGAAGCCCAGGUGCAGAAUGCUGCAGAUAUGGAGGUGGGACAUUGUAUCUGGGUUCAGCUUCUCAGUUCUCCAAGAGAUGCAGAUGCAAUACUGGGACUCUGCAACUUGGUUUUUUGGACUCAUGAGGAUUCUGUGAGCAAAGGAGAGAAGGCAUUUUGAGAAGCCGAAAAUCCGGCAAGGUCUUUGGCAAACUCCUGAUUUCACCAGAGCCGGCCUACAUAAACUGUCUCACGUGCCCCAGGAAAAACCCCUUGCGGAGGUCUGCAGAUGAAGAACUACCUGCAGAUUUCCCCAGUUAAGGAAUAGGCUAAACCUGGCAACCCCAAUUUGUGGCUAUUUGAGAGGAACCCCACUUGGCUGUGAAAACCCCCAGAGGAUCAUUCAGGCAAAGCAAAGCUUCUCCUCAACUUUGUGUAUUCAGAGAAUAUAUCCCAAAGCUUUUUUUUCCCUCCCCUUCAAUGAAAAAUGCUGUAACAGAUGAGAUCUUUAUUUUCCUGGAUGCUACAAAGGAGCACCAAAUCUGCUACCUUUUCUUCCCAUUUGAUGUAUGUUUUUCCCAUCUCCUGGGUAGAAAGAUCUCAGUGGGAAACAUGACUCUUCAGUCAUGGACGUAUUUACUGAACAGACCUUUGCAUGAAAAGAGAGAACGGCAUCCGUAGCGUUAACCCUAGCAGCUGAAGAUGGUAAAAGCUUCAUAUUCUGACUCACCGGCAUGUUAAUAGUAAGCACCAAGCAAGCAUCAAUCCACGCGGCUUCCUAGAAAUUUCAUUCUGAGCCAGUUACUGGCAAUGUGAAUUCAAGGCUACAAGCAAAAAAAAAAAAAAAAAGCACUUCAACUAUUUGGAGUUUAGGUUUUAUGCUAAGACCCUCAGAAAAGGCAUUUUGUACUAAAAUUUCCAAACAGGCAGCGGGCAUCUGUUCGAGGCAGAAGCAGCGGUUGGAAGUUUUCCAGCCUUAAUGCAUUAACCUGAUCUGCAAAGCAGCGGGGCCCGUCCCGUGCACGCUCUGUCAGAGGGACUAAACAAACCCACCGAAAUCAAGAGGAAAAAACUUCCCCCAAUUAAAUGAAUAUCAGCUCAGACUCAAAAAUAGUCACAAACCUCCUCCUAAUGCAGAGUAUGUGAAUUCACUGUCUCCCAUUGGUAGCACUUAAACCUAGAUUUUCUUUUGAGACUGGUUUUACGCAUUUAGAUAAAAGUCAUCUGCUAUGCUUUUCACAAAACAACGCAACACGCUGUAUAAUUUUGGACACUGAAAGGGAAUUUUAAAAUCACAUAGCGAACAAAUUUGGUAGAACACUUACUAGAUGUUUAAGAGUACAACCCUAGAAACCUUUUUUGCAUCUGUAGUAGCUAAACACUUCAGUGAAAAACGUUCACAACAUACCGAUCCGGAAAAUGCUGCUGUUAUGGAGCGCGUGCACAUGGAAGAUAAGAAAUCCAGAUUACAUUUAGAUUACUUUUUGAUUCUGACUAGUGACCAUAUCAGAAGAAUGUGAGGGUUUUUUUUCAUCUGCUUUGAUUUUUAAGAAAGAAAUGCUGUGUCCACAUUUUUGGAAAAACUACAAAAUGAGCAAAGUAGUGAAACUACUCAUUUUUUUUUUCCAAGGAAUCCCUCCAGGGAAAGGUUAAGGGCUCAGCUGUUAAAAUGGACAUAUCACCAAUUUCAUUUCAAGACGUGACGAAGGUAAUGCAUUUAAAUACAGAAGUCAAUUUGCAACUUCUUCGAGACAAUUUUUCAAAAAGUGCACUUUCCGACAGAGUUAAGUAGUAUGCACUGUAUUUUAAUUUUUAGCAAAAUUGUAUGUGUAUAACUUUUCUGUUCCCAGAUGAAUGUUUAUAUAUCUUUUCAACUUAAAAACCCCUGCAACUCAUAAUAGGUAAAUGAGUUAAAUGUAAAAAGUGCAUUUUUAUAGCAACAAAAAAUGUAUCAUUAACUUCUUCCGGUCAGUGAUUUUUUAGAUGUUACUUGAAACCAAAGUAGCUGCAAAUUUUUUGGACGGAGACACAAUGAUCAAGUUAGCAGCAUCCUUUUAGCGAACACACAGCAACGUAUCUAAGCUUGAUGGAGUCGCACGGGUUUCAGAUCAGAUCAGAUCUAUACGCUAUAAUAAACACAACACAAAAUAUGCCACAUACGUUCAUCUUUAGAAGAGCAUUACAAAUUUAGAUCCGCUUCUUAGUGGAGGCAAGAGAUGGGCAGUAGCUCCCGAGGACAGAAGCUGAAAGGUCCAGGGACUGGGGACAGAUGAUAUAAUGUAGUUGGUGUGGAGCUGCCAACCCCAGUGGUUUAACCCCGGUGACAAGAUUUACCUUAAAUCUUAGGUGGCUGAACACAUUUUGCAAAUUCCUUUGCCUCUUCCUUAAAGAAACCUGAUAUCAAAGUUGAUCUGUGCAAGGGUUUAUCAACCGAGCUCCACGUUUCCACUGUAGACACGGUUUAUAAAAGAGAUCCUCAAAGGAAAUGUGAUAUACCAGCAAAAAAACAAAAAACUUUUUGCCAGUAAAAGUGCAUUUACAUUAGGACUUUUGCCAGUAUAUAUAUAUAUAUCUAUGUUUAAAAAAUAAAAUAAAUUACAUCCUUUAAGCAACAUUGCUGUAAUGGUCAAUGUUCCAAACGCAGACCAGGCUUUUCUUCUGCUUCAUAAAAACAUCUCCGAAGGAUAAAUAUUUUGACUUAUAAAUGCACUGCAUUAUAUCAAACAGCAGGCAUUAUCAACAACGUUUUUAUGCUCUUGGAUUCUACCUUUCAUGACAUUUACUUAGUUCUGAUGGUGAAUCCAUGUAUUGCAACAUUUUAGCUGCAGAAAAACUGAUUUUAUAUAUCGCAUUCACAAAAAACACGGUAUUCUUACUCACAAUGGCCAAAUUAAUUAAUGGCCAAAUUUCCGCAUCCUCCCAGCAUCAGCCUACAAACUUUACAAAUCAGAUUCCUUCUUGUACAGCUAAGGACAGAUCAGGAAAUACUUUCCCAUCAUUUAAAGCUGGUAACAGAGUCCUCAGCUCAGCCUUCCGAAACACAGGCACUUCCACGGCAUUACGCAGCGACCAUCAGGUUUACACAGUUAAACUCCUUUGUUCUGGCAUAUUUAGGAAUCAUCCAAAUUUGAGACUGUUCAGUAAUUUUGAUUUUGAUUCACAAGGAAGACACAGGAGAUAAAACUGAGAGAUGCUGCUGUCUAUUCAAGUUGGAUAAUUAAUACGACUUCUUCUGCAUAGUAUUGUGUAAGUGUGAGUGGACAUUUAGAGCAUAUCUCUUUGCAGUUUUUCCAUCUUUUCCAAAGAUUAUUUGCUUACAGGUGUGUACACACAUGUACGAGAAAACCUAAGUGUGAAAGGUUUUAAAAGCAACACAUCCUCUCUUUUAUAUAUCUAGGGAUGAAAAAUAGAAAGAGUUAAUGACAUGCUGUUGGCAAUAAGCUCGGAUUGGCCUGACAGCAGCUAAAAUGUACAGGCAAAAUUGCUAUAAAAACAAAAGCACAUGUUUUCU